AUGGACUCUUGCCAGAUUCCAUCGGUGAGCUAUUCCGAGCUUCUGCACGAUGAUGAAGAUACCAGGAAGGCGGCUGGUCUGGAACUGGUCAAAUCUUUAGAUGAAUAUGGAGCUUGUCGGCUUCGGGACCAUGGUAUUGCACAAGAUAUCAUAGACAAUUGCUUCGGCAAGUCCUGGGGCUUCUUUGAAAGAAGUCUUGAAGAAAAGGUCGCAGAUUUCUCAAACUCUGGCGCAAUGACAGCAUCGAGAUUUGUUCCGUUUGGAAGUGAAAAGAUCCGCGAUGAGCCUCAUCUAGAUGAGACUAUGGAAUUCCAACACGGUGUUUAUGAAUUGGAAGGUACAUGCAAGCGCAACUCCUUCUUCGCUCCGUACUAUUACUCCUUUGAAGGCAUCAACGACACCAACCCGCUCCGUGUCCCUCCCCAUAUCGACCCAACAACUAUGCUAUUCAAUUUCCAAGACUCACAUGGCGGUCUAGAAGUCGCCGAUCUUAGUAAUACGACAGGUUGUUUAUCCGCCACAUCAGUUGAAAGGACCGCCAACUUUAUCCCGGUCCAUUGUCAGCCGGGGGAAUUUCUUGUGUUGGCUGGCCAUGUUUUGCGAAGACUGGUUCCAAACGUUAAGCACUCUGUACAUCGGGUGAAGCGACCGGUGGGAAUCUCGGGGUUUCAUUUGAACUAUUGGAUUGUCCCGGAUUUAGAUACGAGUUGCGAUUUUGGAGAGAAGAAAGAGGAUGUUGCGGCGUAUUUGGCUAGGGUAUUUCCGGCUGCGUUGAGAAAUACUGUGCAGGCAUAG